AUGGUGCUCCUGACAGUGACGCCUGCCGCCAAAGCUGCCAUGGACGAGUAUCGCAGGCUGAUUGACGGAGCCAAAAAGGCUGACAACACGCUCAGCGCUGAGAGUAUCAACAACACAGCUGUAGGCAACCCGAUCGAGCAUCACGAAAUCGUGAAAGUGUCACAGUACCUCACACAAAAGGGUGGUGAAAGUGCCGAUGCCACAAAGCAGUGGCGGUUGGAUGCUUUGCUCAAAGGAGCAUCGAUCUAUCAGCCUCCGCCGCCCCCAAAGACUGAGCACACGCCCCAGUACAGAGCCCUCAUGCAACGGUUGCGCGAGCAGGAGGAACAGCGUCAGUACGAGCGCAUGAUCAGUCCGCCACUACCGGCAGAAACAUUCAACCAGCGCUUCCCAAAUGCAGGCUCAUCCUUCGGCUCUGGCAUCAACAUCGGCCACAAUGCCUCUGACGAAGUCGAUGAUGUGACGUACGCAGAAGUCAACCGGCAGAUGAUCCUAAUCAUCAACGUUUUGAUCUCAAUUGUCUGCACCAGCGUGGCAGUGUGGAUGGCAGCACGGCGCUGGAGCGUACCACAGCGACUUGGGCUGUCGUUUUCAAGCAGCACCGUCGUAGCUGUCGCUGAAGUUGCCAUCUACAUGGGCUAUAUCAGGCGUAUUAAGGACGCCAAGACCAAAGAGCGGAAGGUGCUUGAGACGAAGGAGAUUACCGACACUUGGGUGAUUGAUGGCAAGUCGACUUCUAAAGAGGCUAAGGUGAAUGAGUCGAUACGACAUCGUAAAGGAAAGCAUCGAUGA